AGAGUGAAAGCGCAUCUCGCAAAAAUUUAUUGUAAAUAAUCAAGAAUAUUUUACAGAAAGAAAACCCCAUUACCUGCGCACCAUGUUCCGCCUGCAACAAGCUCAACCCGAUCCUGCCGAGGAGCAAAAGCGUGUGUCAUCGGAGGUUCGCUUCAGUUUCAUCAUUUUCGGUACACUAUGCGCCGCCAUCCGGCUGGCUCCCAUUGUACUGCAGCAGUUGAAUACUGCCUAAACAGCAAACUCAACCAAAUGGCACCACAUCGAAGCAGUUUGCAAGCAACCAAAUUAUCAAUUAAGUGUUAAAAUCACUCAAUUAUGAUUGAACUGGAUAUGCCGGACGCAUUAUUAAUACACAAUGCAUUUAUUUGAACGCACAGUAACCAAAAACAGCUGGUUUAAUAUGUAAUUAAAACAUCAUGACCCAGC